CAUCCGGUUGAGCUUGACAUUUGGCGGGAAAAUAAAACAACGAGCACACGAUAGUGAAUGCGGAUUGCUGAACAUUGAUGAUGACAAUUGUAACGCAAUGCAUAAUACAAAGAACACAGGCGAGAAAAGAAAAUGUUUAAAGGACUUUAGUUUGAAAGGAAUACCAGACGCUAUUGCCAAGGAGAUAACAUGCCUAGUUGAAACUGCUAAAAUUGCCAAAGAUGACAUUGAUGAUUACUUCUGUGUCACAGUCAAAAACAUGUGGGAAAUGUGCUCUCAUGGCCAGUGUGUACAAUUUUUUAAGAAUCUGCAACAUAAAAACCUGUCCCAUGUCCGGUCCAAAAGUCGCUACAUUUGUUCUGCAAUGAGAGCCAUCAUAAACAACAGUCAUCGAGAGAUGUUCACAGACCUAGGUGUCAGGGACUCUAGACCGCAAUGGACAUCAAUUGACAAUGGACAAUGGUCUCAAGACAGGUCAAGAAACCUAUACAGACUGCAUACAGAUCACCAGAGGGAUAGAUGGAACACAUUUCGCAUCUCACAUCGUGAACGGUCACAUCCAUAUCCGUCUGCGACAGCGUUAAGAGAACGUAGAGGACCAGCAGAUGUUGAAUGCAAGGAGAGGUCUCAGCAGCAGCCAGGUUGGCAAGGCAACGAUGCGUUGUUUAAACAUCAAGUGAACUGUCUGUCAGGAAAGAUGGUACCUCGAGUUGAUCGUGGCUUUGUUAGAAUAAACAACAGCUGCCUUAGAGAAAGGAGUAUAAACAGUUUUUCUGUUAGGAUCAGUGAUUAUUCUGUAAAUAAUCAAUUUACCCUGAAUGAGCAAAAACUAUCACAGAAAGGUUUAUUUGUCAACAAUAUACAAUCUAACCAAGGUUUGUGCGCAGAACAAUGUAAGAGGUUUGACCAGAUGCCUGGAGUAGAACCACAGUGGACUGUGGAAGAAGAAAUGUGUCGUGGGAUUGUGCCAUCAUCACAAGAACUUCAGCCAGUCUCACAGCAAAUUCCCAUGUCCCUAUUGGUAUUGCCACCACCACCUCCACCUCCAGUAUCCCCUGUGAUCCCUGUAACUUCUGGGACCCACUCCUGCCCUAACUAUGGUGAAGGUAACUGUGUAGCUUUUAAGAUGGCUUGUUCUGUGAUGCAACCAAACAUGAGGCAUUCAAAAGCUGCUCCAAGUUUAUUAGUUCGGAACCAACCAGUUUUUGCUACAGGCGUGCCUCUGUCAGAAUCAGGUGAAGAUUGUAACAGGCAUUUAACUGGACCAGAUUGUGAGAACACAUACAUUCCACCAGUGGAAGCUCAGGAUGAAGAUAUUAGACAGGCUCUUCCUGUUAGCCAAUCCACCACAAGUAUAGGUAAAACAUUGUCAGGAGCUGUAGCAAAUUCCAGGAACACUCAUUCAGACAUGCAUGCUGUGAAUUCUUACGCAUCAUUUGAACACACAAACAUUCAAGACAUGAACAGUAAAAGCAGUAAAGAGAGUGGUAAUGAAUCUGUCGCAGAACGUGUCUGUGAGACACCCAGGUCUUAUUUCGAACCUUUGGCUUUGUCUGUAGAACUAAUUCCUUUGCCUAGUCAGUAUGAUAAGCACUGUGCUCAUGGUACAGAUAUUGAAAGAAGUUGUUCUCGUAGGGAUUGCUGGGAAAAAGAUAAAAACAUGUUUCGGCCUUGGGAAUCACAGUCAAAUAGUUUAAAAACAAACAGGGAUAAUUGCGAUCAUGGUAGAUUUUUGUGUAAAAGUAAUACAACUUCAAAAUGUGAUUGGCCAGUUGAGAUGAAUAAUGAGCAACAACGUGUAAUAAAAAGUAAAACAGAGGUACAUAAUAGAUCAGCUGUUGAUACUGGCGAAAGAAAAAUGGACCAGACACAUAAAGCUUCCCUCUCAAAGUCAUCUGAUAGCAGCCGAAAGGAAUAUGACCACAUAUCAAGAAAUGAAGAUGCAAAAACACAAAUUUCACGAGAAAAUACAUGUGUACAAAAAGCUGAUUCCACAUCAAAAAAAGCUUUCAAACGUAAAUCUGAUGGAACCAGAGGAAGUAAAAAGGGCCUAAAGCCAAUUGAUAUCUGCCAGAAAUACAAGCUUAGUUCAGUUGGAAUGCCAUCUAUUGACACAAGGUUAUGUUCCUUGAGUACCGCAGCUUACCCAAGAGUAAAUACAUCUUUUGGUUCACUCUCCACUGUUGCAAGACCAAGCAUUUGUCUUCGUAAUAAUAUCAUUGAAUCAUACAGAGAGUUCAAAUUAACUUCGGAACUUUUUGCAUUAGGAAAGGUAGACAAAAACAUGAGGAAUUAUCAUCUUUCUCAGGCAAAAUCUGAGUCAUCAAAUAGUUUGAAGAGAAAGAAAGAACAUGACAUUCCUUUCAGUUUGGAUUCAAAGAAGUUGAAAGUUAACACAACUGAUAAAGAAAUUGAUUUCAGGUCCAUACCAGUGUCUUUAAAUUCCGAAAAGGCUACAAAGCAAACAAACAAGGAUGGACGUUAUGUUUCCAGGGAAUCAAAAUUACAAGCUAUGCAUCCAAAAUUGCGCCAUAAAUUGCCAGAAAACAGAUCAUUUGUAUGCCAAGAUAGUAUUGACACAGUUAAGAAGUUUGUUGGAGAUGGAGAUGCGACAGUGCGUGAAUUGUCAAGAAGAGCCAAUGUGACUAGUUCAAAUGAGAUUGACAAGUCACUUAAGAUAGGCAAAGAUAGGAAAUUGGAAGAGAGGAGUUUCAAUGGAAAUAAAAACCGCGAAAGGUUUGUUCAUAUAUCACUGGACAAGUUUGAGCUGAAGACAAAACUAAAGUCUACUGCAAGAUCUAGUAAUCCCAAUAAGAAAGUACCUGAUAUUAGACUCACCGAUUUAAAAUUACAUUUACUCGAUAAAGGUUGCCAAGCUGCUAAGAAAGGGUUAUUAAUGAGGUGGAAAUCAAAAGCUGCAGAUCAGGAGGAUGACAAGAUGGCGGAAAAAUCUGUUGACACAACCACCUGUGAAUUUGAAUUGGCUAAAUCCCAAGACACUUCUGAACGUGUUAAGCCAAUAACUGAUACUUUGGUUGAUACCUCUGCAUGUUCUGCAGAAAACAUUGCGUCACUGUUUGGAGCUGAAUUAGAAGUGGGCAAUUUUGAUGGAAGCCAAUCCUCGAAAGCUGUGAUUGAGGCACCCAGUUCCUUUUCAUUACAAUCGUCUACAAGCAGGGCAAUAUCACAGAGUUUACAUGGUAUGAUAAUAUCCAAUACUGAAAGGUGUAAAAGUUCAGUGGAGAAGGAAAGAUGUACUGAAAAUGUUCUUGAUAUUUGUGACAGUACUGGCUUAGUUGAAGGCAUUGACAAGAGUGAUUUAGAUGACACACAUGAAGUUAAUGAGUGCAUAAUUUAUACCGGUUCUUCAAGUACUGGAACUGAAACAAGUAGUUGUAUGAUCCUGAAAUCUGCUGAAGCUUUUGGCCAGUCAAAUGGGUCAAAUGAGAGUCCUCAACCAGUGGUUGCUAAUGAAUGCACAUUUCAGGUUGCCAAACAAUUAGUAUUUGAAGUUAAUGCAUGUAAUCCUGAAUAUGAACAAGUGGUAAAUGAUAGAAAAUUAGACAAAGCUGUUUGUUAUAAUCAGUUGGAGUUAGAUCAGACCAAACUGGAAAACAAUUGUACAUCAGAAAUUGUAUGUGAAACAACUCUCAUUAAUGAAGAUGAAAAAUAUUUGCAAGCAAGGAAAGAGUUGUCAAGUAUUAACCAACUACCCAACAAGUCAGAUUGUAAAAUGCUUCCACCCCUUUUGCCUUUAUGUGGCUCUAGCUCCAGUGUUUGGUACUGUCCAACUCUAGAGGAUUUCUGCAACUAUAGAAAGUCAAUGGUAGAACGGAUACAAGCAGAUGGGGGAGAUGGUAAGUUUCAAACUGAAGACAUUCUUUCAAGCCCAGAGCAAACAAGUUUGUCUGAUAAUCAACAAAAGGCAUGUGCAACAACAACUAAAAUUAUUGAAACAGAAACGAGUAAAGAAAACCUUACCACAGAGAUAUAUACUGCAACACCUUUGCAUGAAAGUUCUUUUGAUACUUCAUGCUCAUAUGGAGAAGAGGUCUUGAAUGCUUCAAUAAGUAGUUCCAACUCGAGCAAAUCUGAAAAUGUCAACUGUUCUCAAAAUGAAACACAAACAAAAGACAGUAUUUUUGACAAGAAUAGGCAUGCCAUGUUCAGUGCUGCUGAAAAUGAUGAUUUCUUAAACUUGGCUGAAUCUAAUGAUGAGAUUCUUGAAAACAUUGUUCUCAAUAUGUAUGAAGACUCCAAUUUAAUCCAAGACCUGUCUGAUGACUUUGCUAAAGGUGAUAACUUUGAAUUCAAUGAUUUUCAUGAUAAACCAGAAACUUCAGCAGCUGAUCUUGAGUCUGUUAUGCCAAACAGUAAUCCUGAACACGAAGCAAGUGAGGAUCCAGUUGAAAUCCAAAAAUUGAGUGAAGGGUAUGAAAAGGGUUUUGCUUUAUCUGAAUGUGAUGGAUUUACAUUGCAAUUCAAUAGAAAUAAUGCUGGUGCAGAUUCCUUUAGAAAUCAACACAAUGAAUCUAAUGACCAACAAGAGAACAUUCCUUCAAAAAGAAGGCAUCCUAAAUUUGAAAAGAAAUUCCCGUUUAGUUUGCCUAAAGCAAAAGCAAAACCAAGUGAGCUAGAGCUGCUGGCAUCUGCUGAAAAAUUCUUACAGGAUUUUGACAAAAAGAACAAAAGAACCCGCCAUGAAAGCAAAAGGGUGGAUCAAUCACAAAAUGAAUGUCAACCUUCAGAAUGUGUUAAGGAAUCUAAGAAUACCAAGGGGAGCCAAAUAAAGGAUGAGCCAGUCAAAAGAGUGACCAGAACACAUACUGCUACUAUGAAGAACAAACAGUCAAAAAAUAUAGUUGGAUGGGAAGAUUCAUCUGGUGGAAAAGGUAUCAGUGAUACAAGAGGUCCUAAAGAAACGAAAAAUACAGCCAAAAGUAAAAAAGAUGAUGCAUCUAAGAAGACAGUUGAGAAAGAUUUGGUAGCUCUACCAAAACUACCAACAUUAAAAUUAAAAUCACUUAAGCAUAUCAACCAAAAGAAGAUGUGGUCAUUCAAAGAAGCUACCAAUAUUAAGUCAACAGAAUCUGCUAUCUCAAACAAAGAGGACGACACAAUGUCAGAUUCAGGUAUGAUGAAAAAUUCUAAGAAGUCCAGAACAGAGAUGGAACAAUGUGGUGGUGGAAAAUCAGACCCUGAUAAUGACUCAAGAAAUAGUAACCAAAGUGCUGAUUCAGAGGACCUAAAUGAAAAGAAGAAGCAGUUUCUGUCUCAGGUGCUUACGUGUAAAGUGUGUGGCCUUGUAGGAGAGCGCAAGGAGGAGGUUGACCAGCACUACCUGCGGCAGCAUCCUGGCUGGUGCCUGUCCUGCAGCAAGCUGUUUGAAUCAGUGGAACUGCUGAAUCUUCACAAAAAGCGUAACCAUGACGUUUUAAUCUGCUGUGGUGUCUGCAAUUCUGUCUUCUGCUACAAGGCUCACUACAUGCGCCACAUGACAUCUUCCAUUCAUGCCAAGAACCUAAAAGAGUUCCAAAAACGUCGUCAGCAGCAGCAACGAGGCUUGUUGCACACUGUAACCAUCAGCAGCGAUGAUGAAAAUGGAGAAGAGAGCCAUCCUAGAAAUGUGAACCAUGAAGAAGAGACAAUCAAGAGAAAAUUUGAUAUUAAGGAUGGAAAAAAGACGCUAAAGAAACAGAAGACUCACGAGAAGGACCCAAAGUUACAUAAAAAUGCUGCUAAGAGAGUUUUUGAUCCAAAGGGUGAGACAACUGAGGAUGGUUUAGUAUUAUGUUUAGCUUGUCAGAAAUAUUAUAAAUAUUUCAACAAGCAUUUGAAAUCCCAGAUGCACGAGAACAAUGUGAAUUCGAUUGUUAUUGAAGACAGCGAUGAAAGUGAACUUGAUGAAGAAAAUGAAGAUAAAAGCAUAGAGAAAGAAAUAGAUGAGGUCAUCUCAUUGAAAUCUAGCCCACAUGCAUCAGAGACAUCUUGCACAUAUAAUUCAGAUGCUACAGAUUGGGAAGAUGGUUCAGCUGAACAGUCUCAGCAUUCAGGGACUUUGAACUGUGGAAUGGAUAGUGAAAAUGUGCUGGAGGAGGGAUGCUAUGAUGUCGUUCAGAAUCGCAACAUCCUGAAAUUAAAACUAAGACCUGUUAACACAGUUGAUCUCAUUAAGGCUAGAGACCACAAGGCCAAAAUGUGCAGUCCUGCGUUACUAAUCAAAAACAUCUCUGCAGACAUGAACAAUAAUGAGCAUUGUCAGAUUUACAGGUUUCCAAGUGAUAGAGAAGAAAAAGAUACGUCAGUCAGUACCAACAAAAUAGAUAUAAACAUAGUAAAAAGUGCGGGAUCUAAUGUUAUUGAAAUUAUAGAUAAUCUUGCAGCAGACAACAGUGACACAGAAAUGAUCUUCGAAGGCGUUGACAUGGACUGCUCCAAACAUUUCUAUUCGUAUCAUGACAAUGACAUUGAUCAGGAUUGUAUGUACACAUGCAGUAGUGCGGUAGAUGAUCCAAUCCUAGAAGGGUUCUGUGUGAUUGAGAAUGUUGAGACUUUGAGUAAGGAGAGUUUUAGACUUGAUGGUAACAACGAAUCAGCUGGGAACAGGUGUGGCCUUGAUCCCUUAGUGGAUGUCAGUACAGACACAGGUGAAAUGAUUGAAAUGUUAGCACAACAAAUUGAACAGAAUUUACCAAGAACGAGCUUGUAACUGUUCUUUUUUAAUCAUAGUUUGAUUUAAACGGUAUGUAAUGGUUUGGGAGUGUUGUUAAAACAACUUUAUUUCCAUAUUCUUAUUGAUGUAUCAUUUGUCAUGAUUUGUGCUUUGCUUUUGUUGAUUUAUACUCGUUAUACCGGGUAUUUAGAUGGUGAUUUUAAGAUGCAUUUUUUAUUUUGUUAACAUUUUGUAAUCAGGUACUUAUUUCGGUUGGUGAAUAUAUUAUUGCUAGAAAACAUGGCAAUUUGUUUUUGAAAUGUUUUUGCUUAAAAUAAGAUUGGUAUUAUAAGUGAAUUUUAUUUCAAUUUGAUGUUGUUUUUAAGUAAGUGUUUUUGUUACUCUGGUGGUGUUUUGUUUCAAAUGUAGAAAUUUGUUUAAAAAGCACCAGUAGUAAGUUGCUUGUGAGUCACACAGUUUUAUGCAUUAAGUACACUCAUAUUUGUUACUUUAAGACAUGUUGUUGUUUUAGCUUUGUUUUAAGCACAGACUGCAUUCAAUAAAACAUUACAUAUACAAUAGCAACUCAUAUAAAUACAUAUAUGUAAUUUAUAUCACAUAAUGUAGAGGGUGUUCUGUAAUAGAGGAUGCAUUCAAAAUAUCUUUCCAAGCAAGUUCCAAACUUCAUAUUUAUGCCCCCCUUUGAAGAAGAGGGGGUAUAUUGUUUUGCACAUGUCGGUCCGUCCACCAGAUUGUUUCUGAAUGAUAACUCAAGAAUUCUUACGCCUAGGAUCAUGAAACUUCAUAGGUACAUUGAUCAUGACUGGCAGAUGACACCUAUAAAUUUUCAGGUAACAAGGUUAAAGGUCAAGGUCACAGUGACUCGAAACAGUAAAAUGGUUUCCUGAUGAUAACUCAAAUAUGAUUAGGAUUAGGAUCAUAAAACAUCAUAGGUACAUUGAUCAUGACUGGCAGAUGACCCCUAUUAAUUUUCAGGUCACUAGGUCAAAGGUCAAGGUCACAGUGACAAAAAACGUAUUCACACAAUGGCUGCCACUACAACUGACAGCCCAUAUGGGGGGCAUGCAUGUUUUACAAACAGCCCUUGUUAUGUGUUCUGAGCUGAACUUUUUCCCUUUCCAUACAAAAUUUAUGUUUAGUACAGAAAUGGCAUACAAUUUAAUUAACAUAUGCAGUGUUUUAUUUAGAGAUUCUUCUUUUCCAUAUAGUUGUAUCUUCUAUAAAUAGUGUUAAUGUAUGUUCUACUUUAUGAAAGAAAUGCUUGUAUGAGUACAGGUUGCUUGUUGACCAUCUUUCUCUGUGAAUUUUAGAGUGUUAGAAGUAUUUUGAUACUGAUCUGAUAUUUUAUGUGUACAUUGAUUUAUGUUUUUUAUUCUGCAUAGGGAGCAGAUUGUUUAGCUUAUUUGUUUUUGAUACUGAUCUCAUAUUUAACAUGUUGAUUUGUUUUAUGUUUAAUGUUCUGCAAAGGAAGCAGAUUAUUGUUAAGCUUACUUUUCUAUUGUGAUUUAUUCAUUGAUAUUUUUCUUUUUAUUACAAUACAUGUUUAGUUUCGCUUUUUAAGUUUCACAUUGGCACUGCUUGUUUUAUACUCUAUUUGAGAUGACGGUUUUAAAAGAAAU